CUUGUUCUCAUAUUUGUUUUAAAAUUUGAAUCUUGUGAAAUUGCUAGUAAAAAAAUCCCACUACUAGGGUUAGGUUAAGUUUCUAGCAUAAGCAAAGGGUUACACUGCAUCCUUAUUGAGUUUUCGGUAACUAUUCUUGGAGCAGAAGCAUCACAGAUUCACAUAGUUUUCUGUUCUUGAAUUCUGGCUGUGCUUCGGAUGGUCAGAUCUUUAAUUACUCUCUCCGUCCCUAAAUAAUAAGUGCACCCUUUUAAUGCGGUCAUAUCAGAGAUAUUAGGAUUGGAAAAUAUAAAAUACUUUCCAUAUAUACGAAGAUUUAUAUCUUGUUUAAGAAGUAUAAUAUAUACGAAGUAUUAGAUUUCUAGUAGGUUUAGCCGUUUAGGAAAGUAUAGGCCUUAUUUUCCAAGCUAUAGUACCGUUUGUAACCUAUGCUCUUAAUCCUAUAAAUAUUACUCCAUAAGCAAGAGAUAUUAUUUCAUAAAAAAAACCUAGGCCGUUUUUCCCUUCUCCCACAGACCCCUUUCUCUCUCAAUCAUGCCUUCCGCCAAUUUUCUCCUUGAAGAGCCUAUCAGGAUGGCAUCAAUUCUCGAGCCAUCGAAAUCUUCGUUUUUCCCUGCAUUGACAAAGAUUGUAGGAACUCUUGGUCCACGGUCCGAAUCUGUUGAAGUUAUCUCCAGUUUGCUAAAGGCUGGGAUGUCAGUGGCAAGAUUUGAUUUUUCAUGGGGAGACGCGGAUACUCAUCGUAAGACUCUUGAGAAUUUAAAGGCCGCUGCUAGGACUACUAACAAACUCUGUGCUGUCAUGCUCGAGACAGUUGGGCCUGAGUUGCAAAUUAUUAACAAGACUGGGAAAGAAAUCUCUCUUGAGGAAAACAAUGCUGUUACACUUAUGCCUGAUCUCGGAACAGAAGCCUCCUCGGAACUGUUGCCUAUAAACUUUAAUGGACUCGCAAAGGCGGUGAAGAAGGGAGAUAUGAUCUUUAUUGGUAAAUAUUUGUUCAAUGGAAGCGAAACUACAUCUGUUUGGCUGCAGGUAUCUGAGGUGAAAGGGGAUGAUGUGGUAUGUGUGAUCAAUAAUUCUGCAACAUUGGAUGGAACUCUCUUUACUUUGCACGCUUCACAAGUUCGUAUUGAUAAGCCUACUUUGUCAGAGAAGGAUAAGGAGGUUAUAAGAACUUGGGGUGUCCAAAACAAGAUCGACAUUCUUUCACUGUCAUAUACUCGUCAUGCAGAAGAUGUUCGCCAAGCACGGGAUCUUUUAUCGAGUUUAGGUGAUCUCAGUCAGACUCAGAUAUAUGCCAAGAUUGAUAAUGUAGAGGGUUUGACACAUUUUGAUGAAAUACUACAAGAAGCAGAUGGAAUUGUUCUUUCUCGCGGUAACUUAGGCAUAGAUCUUCCUCCUCAUAAGGUUUUCUUGUUUCAGAAAGCUGCUAUACACAAAUGCAAUAUGGCAGGGAAGCCUGCAGUUGUUACUAGUGUUGUUGAUAGUAUGACCAAUAACCUCAGACCUACGCGUGCUGAGGCAACUGAUGUUGCUAAUGCUGUAUUAGAUGGUAGUGAUGCAAUUCUUCUUGGAGCUGAGACACACCGAGGUUUAUAUCCUGUUGAUGCUGUUAGAACUGUUGACAGGAUUUGUUUUGAGGCUGAAAAGGUUUUCAAUCAAGAACGAUACUUCAAGAAAGCUUUUAAGUAUGCAGGAGAGACAAUGUCUCACCUUGAAUCCAUCAGUGGUUCUGCAGUGAGUGCUGCCAUCAAGGCAAAGGCGUCUGUGAUCAUCUGCUUCACUUCUUCUGGGAAGGCUGCAAGGUUGCUUGCAAAAUAUCGGCCACCAAUGCCAAUUCUCUCUGUUGUGAUCCCUCGUGUUAAGACCAAACAACUAAAAUGGAGUAUUACUGGUCUCUUUGAAGCAAGGCAGUCAUUGAUAGUUAGAGGCCUUUUCCCCAUGCUUGCUGAUCCUGGACACCCAGCUGACUCAACUAGUGCGACCAACGAAACUGUCUUGAAGGCUGCAACAGAACAUGGGAAGGCACUGGGAAUCAUUAAAUCACAUGAUCAAGUUGUCAUAUGCCAAAAGCUUGGUGAUUCAUACGUGGUUAAGAUCAUCGAGUUGGAGGAAUAGACCUUUGGUUGUAUUCAGCAACUUAGCAUAGUAACAUAAGCUAUAAUAGUUUGUUGUUAGAGCUCAUUAAACGUCAUAAUCCUAUCUGAGUAUUUCCUAAACACGACAUAAUGCUAUAACACAAGCUGUAAUGACAGCGUGGUUGUCUAACUUUUCUUGACUAGCCUUUACCUGCAGAAACCUUUAGUUUAUUUAAGCUUCUUAUUCUCCAUCAGCCUGUGUUUUUAUUUUGCUUUCGAAUUUUUAGUAUUAUUAUCUGUGAAAUAAAUGACAAUUGUGAAUUGUUGCUCAAAUUAUCUACUCGCAAAUUGCAGUCUGUCAAUCUUACGUUGUUAUUGACAAAAGUCACAAACUGAACGAGCUUAGAUCACAGAUUCACAGUAUAAAUCUGAUGCAGACUGCUCAGAAAAUUUCCGUUUCUACAUGAUUAUUUCACAUAUGCAUACUAAUAUAGCAUCCUUGAUUGUGUGAAUGCCUUGUUGUGAACCCUGCAGGGCAUGUAUUAUGUAUAGAUAGCAUUUUAGAUAAGAAUGUGGUUCGAGUUAUUCAUAAU